AUGGAAGCAUCCUUGGUCACACAGUAGAUAUAUUUUUACUAGCAUUACUUCUUAGACACUACUAGUAUAUACGAAGGAGACCCAUAGGCUAUCCAUUCCACUGGGGACUUGUCCUUCACUCAUUGUUGUCAUGUACAGUUGUAGACUAGUGCUUAAACAAGUUUUGAUCUACUUCCUUUAAAACACUCAUACCUAUUCAGCACCCAAUCCGUUAAUUUAAUUUAAUUUUAUAUUUCUAAUUUUUAGAAUAACAUUCUUGUUCGAAAUUUUAAGAUGGAAAAUUGUAAUUUACAACAACCACAAAUUUUAUAUUUUGCCACUUAUAAUCUUAGGCACAUUUUACUAAAUUUCAGUUACUGUUCCUAUAAGAUAACGAAAUCUAAAACUCAAUUAUAUUUAGUUGCACUAAUCUUAUUGAAUUCAAAAUAAUUAAUGUUUACUAUCCUAGCUCUUAAUUUUAAAUUAGAAUUAAGAGAGAUGAACUUUUUUUUUUCUUCAUAGUUUGUGAUUAUUUUCUAGAAACUAUUUUAGUUAAAAAUCCCUUGUUUAAUAGAUAACAUUUAAGUAAUUGAAAAUACUUUCUAAAUAUCAAACCCAUUUUAAAUUUUUCCGCUUUUUCAACUAGCAGUCUGGCAAUUACUAUUUAAAACACUUUAAUAUAAUACAAUUAUAAGUAAUCUAUAGCCAUGA